AUGCGUUCGCCGUUCGAGAAACAAGCGCAAGCCAAGUGUGGAAUAACUAAUUACGUUAUGAGAUAUUUGCUGAUAUUGUGUGCCACCCUUGUGGUGACCAGUGUUCAAAAAAACAAAAUCGUCAACGUUAUCGUCAACCUGGAUCCGCGGGAAGUAGCUGAAGAAUUGUGGAAGGUGAUGGAAGCUCGUCUGAGUAACGGCACCAGCCAUAUCACCAGCUCGAAAAGUGCCAUUAGAGAUCUCAAAAAUACAGUGCAGCCCAUUUUAUCAUCCAGCAGAAGGGAUGGAACAUUGCCAUCUGCUUUCCAAGUGGCAGGCCAAUUCGAUCAAAUUACUCGCAGAGCGCUUACCAGAGACACUUCAACCAUAAAUUCGUUGGACGAAGAGAUAUUAACAAGAGACAUCGUGGCAGACAUGAUGUUCUGUCUGAAAAUAAAAACAAUGCGCAGUCCUGUCACGAUAAACAGUGACGAGCAAGAAGAUUACGUGAAUAUCAAAAUUAAAAUAAACAAAAACAAUUUAAUCAAUGUACUUAAUUAG